AUGUCGUCCGAUAUUCUCACCACGAGCCAGCCCAAGCCUAUCGCUCAACCCGAAGCUAACUCUCGCGGGGCUGCACUCAAGGAACGAGCAUCUCGCAUAGCCAAAAAAUUUACGACGCGAGAUGGAUGGUUGGGGGACUAUGAUUACAAAUGGCUUUGUAUGCCUACCUUGCCAUACGCAAGGCAGAAGCGAGCGCCGCCAUUUUAUGCGUUGGAACAAGAUCUUCCUUUGAUCCUUGCCAUCUCAAGCGGCUUUCAGCAUUCUCUUGCUAUGCUUGCUGGUCUUAUUACCCCUCCAAUCAUUUUCGCGUCUGCUCUAAGCCUUGAUGACGAGCUCUCCGCCUAUAUGAUCUCUGCUUCGCUUAUUGGUUGUGGUAUCCUGAGUCUCGUUCAGAUGUCCCGGAUACCUCUUUUCGGCGGUCAUUACCUCGGAACUGGUUUGAUCAGCGUCGUUGGAACUAGUUUCGCGACUCUAAGUACUGCCAGUGCCAUUUUCGAUGCCAUGUACAACGAUGGGACUUGUCCCUCCACGACCGCAGCUGAUGGAACCGUUACACGCUUGGCUUGUCCAGACGCGUAUGGAAAGGUCUUAGGAACCUCUCUCAUCUGUUCAUUCCUCGAAAUGUUCAUGUCAUUCGUGCCUGCUCGCAAGCUCAAGCACAUUUUCCCGCCCAUCGUCACAGGGACAGUCAUCGUUAUGAUUGGGGCCUCCCUCAUCGGAGAUUCUGGCAUCCCCAAUUGGGGUGGAGGUUCUAACGAUUGCAUGGAUCGCCCCACUUCUGGGUCCUUCCAGCUCUGUCCUAACAUAGCAGCACCGCGGCCCCUUCCCUGGGGAUCGGCCGAAUUCAUUGGCCUUGGCUUCUUGAGUUUCUCCACUAUAAUGUUGACUGAACUGUUCGGGUCACCGUUCCUGAAAAAUAUCAGUAUCGUCGUCGGCCUCGCAGUUGGCUGUAUUGUUAGUGGGGCUGCUGGAUACAUCGACGGAAGUAGUAUCACAUCAGCUCCGGCUAUUACUUUCUUAUGGGUACAUACCUUCAAAAUUGGUGUAUAUCCCCCCGCAAUAUUGCCUAUGUUGGCGGUCUAUGUGUCUAUCGCUAUGGAAGCCAUUGGCGACAUUACCGCGUCCGCCGAAGUCUCAAGAGUCGCAGUUGAUGGCCUUGAGUUUGACUCUCGGAUACAGGGCGGCCUUCUCAGCGAUGGGAUCGGCGGAUUCUUUUCAGCGCUAUUUACCGUAACCCCACUGUCAAUCUUUGCACAAAACAACGGUGUAAUCGCUAUCACCAGAUGUGCUAACCGUUCAGCUGGUCGAUGGUGCUGCUUCUUCCUGAUUCUUUUCGGGGUACUCGGAAAGAUAUCAGGCGUCUUCCUAGCUAUUCCUAAUCCCGUCCUUGGCGGAGUAACGACAUUCUUAUUUGCCUCGGUGGCUACAUCUGGUAUCCGCGUCCUCGCCUACAACGCUUUCACCCGGCGUGAUCGAUUCGUGCUUGCCGCCGCUCUUUCCUUCGGGUUUGGCGACCUAUUGGUGCCUACGAUUUUUGAACACCUGUUUGAUGGUGUAGACAAUCCGAAUAAAGGCUUGCAAGGUCUGUUUGAUUCCAUUACAAUUAUCCUUAGUACACCCUUCCUUGCUGCCGGAAUCGUGGCCGUCAUUCUCAAUCUUACCUUACCUCAAGAAUUCGAUGAGCAUGAGCGCGAACACGACGACGACGAUGAUGUAGAAUUAGCAGAGGUCGAAUCUCAGAAACACAAGUCUGGCUAG